AUGACAGGUAUACGGCACAUUCCGCUCAAGUACAUGGUUGGCAUCAGCCUCGUUGGCUGUGCCGUACCGAAAUUACUGCACUUAUACGAGCGCAAUGGCCAGGCUCUCCAAGUCUUCUUUGCCCUUUACUUUGGACAAAUUUCCCUGUUCCUGUUUUAUGCCGUCCUGAUCUACCCGUUCUUCCUGUCGCCCAUUCGCAAUCUGCCGAGAGUAAAAGGCGGAUUGCCUCUAGUUGGCCAUGGUAUCGAGCUUAGAAAGUACGGCCCAGGCUAUUUGGCAAAGAAAUGGAUCGCAGAGAAUCCCAACAACGGCAUGCUCCGCGUCUUGUGGCAUGGCAAUCAGGAAAUGGUCAUUGUGAAUUCACCACAGGCCCUAUCCGAGAUUCUCGUCACAAAGUGCUACAGCUUUGAGAAGCCCAAAUUUGCUCGCAGAUUUCUCGCCUUCAUCAUUGGCUGGGGGCUGCUGACUGUCGAAGGAGACGAGCACAAAAAGCAGCGCCGGGACAUGCUGCCGGCCUUUUCGUUCCGCCACAUCAAGGACCUGUAUCCUCUCUUCUGGUUAAAAUCCAAGGAGGCAGUGAAGGCAAUGACAACCGAAUGCGAUGAAAAGGGCCUCGCCGAGAUGGAGAUUUCCUCAUGGACUGCCCGCUGCGCAUUGGACAUCAUCGGCCUCGCAGGCGUGGGAGUCGACUUUGGCUCAAUCAAGGAUCCAAACAGCCCACUGGCCAAGAGCUACGAGUUCCUGCAGCCAUCUCCUGCGGACAUGCCUCUCAUCGGACUCACCGCGUUCCUUCCCGACCUGAUCAUGCAUAACCUUCCCUUGGGCCGAGUCAGGAACGCUAACAAAGCCUCGAAACACAUCCGCGCCGUGUCUCGCGACUUGAUCCGCAAGAAGAGAGGCUUGCUGGCCAACAAGGAAGAUGCCGGGCUCGACAUUCUCACCGUCGCACUCAGGAGCCAGCUCUUCUCCGAGGACACGUUGGUCGACCAAAUGAUGACGUUUCUCUCUGCGGGACACGAGACGACCGCAUCGUCGCUGAUCUGGGCGACGUACUUUAUGGCAAAGUACCCAGACAUGCAGGAGCGUCUCAGAAAAGAGAUACGCGAGCACCUGCCCUCUGCUGAUAGUGAUACCGACAUCACAAGCGCUGAUAUCGAUAACUUACCAUACCUGAAUGCUGUGUGCAGCGAAGUCCUGCGAAUCCAUAGCCCCGUGGCGCAGACUGUCCGCGUAUCAACCGGUGAUACCACUGUUCAGGACCAGUUCAUUCCCCGAGACACCCUGCUGGUGCUGGUUCCGUGGGCGACUAAUACUGAUCCCACACUCUGGGGGCCCGAUGCGUACGAGUUUAAGCCUGAACGCUGGCUGAGCCCAGAGCAGGGCGGAACGAGCGCUACCAAUGCUGCGAGCGGCGGAGCGACCAGCAACUAUGCCUUUAUGACGUUUCUUCAUGGACCACAUAGUUGUAUCGGUGGUAGCUUUGCGAAAUCCGAGCUUGCCUGUCUGGUGGCCGCCUGGAUUGGAAGGUUUUCGUUUGAAUUGAAGGACAAGUCUCUGUUGGACGAGAGAAAUAUCAAGAUUGAUCCUAGUGUGGUGGCAAAGCCCAAAGGCGGAAUGCACAUGCUGGUACGAGUUGUUGAGGGCUGGUGA